AUGAGAAUCAGAAAUUUUAUUUCAUGGUUUCAUGAUUAUAUACAUAAUUACAAUCUGUUUAUACCAGACGAAGAUCAUUAUGAGAAUGACAAUGAUCAGCCAAUAGAUCCAGCAAUACGUGUCAAGCAACAGAAACAUUCUACAUGGCUUCCAACAAGUCGUAUCAUUACCAUUUCAAAUCUAACCCCAUUACUCUAUGACCAACUUCAUCAUGAAUAUGAUGGAACACUCUCAUAUCCAUGUUCAACUAUUACCAUACCUUAUAGUACCUUCGUUACCAAUAAUGUCUUAUUUCAUCCUGUAUGUUCGAGUGUUUUUGUUAGUAGAGAAUGGAUUGAAGGAUUUUAUCUACCGGCAGCCAAUGCAUACCUAGCGGUUGAUUUUCGGACAACGGCAUUUUCUCAGUUCGAAUUGUUAGCUGCUCUUUGUUCAAUCUCGAACGAUAUAGUUUCAAAAGCAUUAUUAGAUAUUCAAAAUAAACAAAUUGUUACAGUUGAACUUCUCGAAGAAGAAGAUAUUCAAUUGCAAGUAGAAGCCAUGGUUGAACUUGUUCAAGCAACAGCACAUGCUCAAAUUACUUCAUUUUUACAACUUGUUCAAAUGAUGUAUCGUUCCAAUACUCUCGUGUCUGCGUUUGGGACGAAUGCAGUUGUUCAAAUAAGCUCUUAUGCAGCAUCGAUCUCUUCUACGUAUCAAGUGAACCCAAACAAUACUUAUAGUCUCGGAUCAAGCGCUUUAAGUUGCACUGAAACGAACAUGAUAACUCCAGCUGUUUUCUAUGCUCAACCGUUAGAUACGGACGUAGUUGAUCAUGUAUAUUGGCCUGUUUACUAUGAUGUCAAUAAUGUUAAUUCAAUCGUUUCUGCAAGCGUCGACGGAUUCUUUGGAGGAUGUUUUCCUCUGGAUGCUGUUCUUGCGAGUACACUUGAUUGUUUGUACAAUGUUCAAUGUCUAGAAAUUUUAUUCAAUUAUUUUCCAGCUCUUAAUCAAGUAUAA